GUUGUGGUGAAAAAAGUCGGAUAACUUAAUAUUUCAUGGAACUAUGUACGGUGGGUAGUUAAAGAUCCAUCUGAAUUUUUAUGGAACCUUGAGUUACAAGAUUGCCAGUUGACACCACUAUUUGCCACUUUUCUUCUGUAAGGAUAUACUGAUUCUUUCUCUUCAAGUUGUCAUUCUUUGGAUACGGAUGUGACGUACGAGGGAGUCUAAACGCCAUCAACAAUGUUAGACGUAAUACGGAGUUUAAAGAGUUUAUUGAAGACAAGUCGUGUACGCAUUGACAACAAUGUUUUUCGACUACACUACACAAUAACGGUGGUCGUAUUAUUGGCAUUCACCAUUGUCGUCUCAAUGAAACAGUUCGUUGGGGAUCCUAUCGACUGCUUGAAAAGCCGAGAAGUUACAGACACCUUUAUUAAUACGUUCUGUUGGAUUCACACAACUUUCACCAUGCCCAGCGCUUAUGACAAAGUGGUGGGUAAAGAAGUGCCAUACCCAGGGGUUGGAUCUAUCAACGAAUCCACGGACGAAUUGAAAUACCAUAAGUACUAUCAGUGGGUAUGUUUCAUGUUGUUCUUUCAAGCUGCCUUGUUCUACAUUCCAAGAGGGUUGUGGAAACUGUGGGAAGGAGGAAAGAUUCAGGCCUUAAUGAUGGAUCUAGAUAUCGGAAUGUGUGGAGAGGCAGAGAAGAAACAGAAAAAGAAGUUACUUGUAGACUAUUUGACCUCCAGCCAGCGCCAUCACGACUGGUAUGCCGCUCGCUACUUCAUCUGUGAGAGUCUGGCCUUCGCUAACGUGGUUGGUCAGAUGUUCUUGAUGAAUCGUUUCUUUGAUGGGGAGUUUCUAACCUAUGGACUAGAAGUGAUCCGCUUCUCAGAAAUGGACCAAAAUGAUCGCUUAGAUCCCAUGAUACGGGUAUUCCCGCGUGUUGCAAAGUGUAAGAUGUAUAAAUACGGUUCUUCGGGUAACCUCGAAACUCACGAUGCCAUGUGUCUUCUUCCUUUAAAUAUUGUAAAUGAAAAAAUAUACAUCUUCUUAUGGUUCUGGUUCAUAAUGCUAGCAGCACUGACGGGGAUGGUUUUGGUGUGUCGAGUUAUCCUUAUUGCCUGUCCACCCGUCAGGGUGUAUUAUCUCAAUUUCCGUUUUCGCACAGUCCAUCUAGACCAUUUACACACCGUAGUCCGAAGAGGGUCAUUAGGAGACUGGUUUUUAAUUUACAUGCUCGGUCAAAACAUUGAUGUUGUCAUCUUUAAGGAAGUCGUGGCAGACUUGGCCAAUCGUAUGACAAGAGCACCAAAAGAUUCCACAGCGUGACCAUUUACCAAAGUUAUCCAUCCAGAACGUUUACAAUUUCAAAUAACGUACAUUUUAAACCUUAUUAUAUAUAUAUAUAAAAAUGCAUCAGCUCAGGUCAGUCGAACUUUUCAAGUC